AUGGGCUACGAGGUCAGCGUUAAACCUCCAAAAUGUCGCAUCACUGCGGGUGGUGGUACAUCAAAACACACAAUCAUUAAUCACUGUGCUAGAAAUCUUGCGUACAGGUUAGUUUUUGCUCCUAACUCAAAAUACUCAGUUGCUCCUGAAAAGGCGGUGGGUGUCAUUGAAAUAGGCCGUACAGUGGACAUCGAAAUCGUACGACAGCCAGGUAGAGGACCACAAGAAGAAAUGGUAGUCGAGUACUUCCCUGUGAGUGCGACCGGUGAUGCUAGCAAAAGUACAUAUGGUGAAUUGGCUGGGAAAACCAUUGUGAAAUUGACACCUGAUGGGUAG